AUGGAGACCCAUAAUGUGAAAGAUGAUAGUUCCACCAGGGGAAAUGAUGGGUGUGGGGCUCUCAACGUGAACACCAGCAAUGCUGCUGCAGUGUGGGACUCGGAGAGUGAGCUCUCGGAACAGUCUGUGACAGAAAAUUCAAGAUUGAGUGUCAGAGAUUGUUCUGUGCCUAGGGAUUCCCCAGCACUUAGGCCUUGUGUGAAGAGAAAGGUGGAAUCCGAUCCUUCAGAAGUUCAAGAGAUUAAUCAAAGAUGCACACAGUGCCAAGCACAAAACCAGAAGGCUCUAGCUGCUGGGGUUGAGGUGUGCGAGGUGUGUGAGGUGUGCGAGGUGUGCGAGGUGCACAAUGAGGUGCAUGAGGUGCACGAGUUGUGCGAGGUGCACAAGGUGUGUGAGGUGCAUGAGGUGACAGGUUGGGACAGUGGAAGGGGAAAGGCAAGGGUACCAGAGAGCAUGGCUAUGUUCACAAAAAGAUCUGGUGGAUGCGUUGUUGGCACCAGUUACUAA